UCGGACGAUCGUGACACGAAAUGGCACACGACCCGCAUCAAACCGAAAUUUUUGGCACCACUAAGAACAGCUGUGUGCGGCUUUUUUCAGGCGGAGUCCCCAAAAACUAUGCUUAAUUGAGAAAGAUGGAUUCGAAGUUUUUUAAAAUGCUUAUUUUGGGCGGCGCUGUGCGCUUCUACUUCUGCCGCACUCCGCUGGCUGCGAUGAUUGGCAACAGAGUGGAGUUCGCUACGCCUUUGAAUUCACAUAAACGCAUGCAAGAGGGGAUAUUCCUCCUCCAAAACGGCAUCGAUCCCUACAAAGGCGAUUUGGUUCACGAGUCUCCUCUAAUCCUCAGCGCCUUUUCUGGCUUGUUUUUAAAUUUUCCGCAGUUUUUGCCUCUUUUCUACAUAAUCCUGGAUGUUCUCACUGCCGCCCUGCUUUAUGCGUUGAGUGUGCGUUUUGUGAAGCAAAAACGAGAGCAACAAACUGCAGAAAAAAAUGAGUAUGCCAAGGAUACAGAGGAGCUUCAGUUUAGCGCCAUAGACAAACUAGACAUUCCGGAGCUGGUAAUCGUGGCAUAUCUUUUCAAUCCGCUGACCGUGAUGAGUUGCAUCGGCAUGACCUCGACCGUGAUAAGCAAUCUGUUCCUAGCUUUCUUUUUGUAUAGCCUCGUGAAUGGACUACUCCUGCCCAGCCUUUUGGUUCUGGCUUUUGAGACUGUACGCAGCUUUUAUCCCAUUGUACUGAUAGCUCCACUUCUACUGGUUUUUUCACGGAAUUCUAUCCGGAGGGGUGUAUUCAUAUCACUGCUUUUCGUGAUAUGUUGUGCGGGCGUGGCGGUCGCCAACUUUUUUGUGCUUAAAAGCUGGAACUUCUUGGAUGGUACGCUUGGAUUCAUAUUUUAUUUCCGAGACCUGCAGCCAAAUAUUGGCUUGUUCUGGUAUUUCUUCACCGAAAUGUUUGAGCACUUCCGCACCAUGUUCCUAAUCACAUUCCAAUUGAAUGCCACAGUAUUAUAUCUGGUGCCAUUGACUAUUAAGCUGCGCAAGGAGCCUCUACUUCUAGCCACUGUCCUAGUGGCUCUGAUGGCUGUUUUUCGCGCCUAUCCCAGCCUGGGGGAUGUGGGCUUUUACUUGGCAUUGCUUCCUCUGUGGAAAAGAUGUUGGAAAUUUAUGGCUCACGGCUUUGUGGUUUUUACAUUCUUCCUGGUGACGCUGUCCAUGAUGGGAGCCCUUUGGCAUCUGUGGAUCUAUGCAGGAUCUGCCAAUGCAAACUUUUAUUUCGGAGCCACACUGGCGUUUUCCACCGGUCAAAUAUUCCUCAUUACCGACCUGCUGUUUGCGUACGUCAAACGCGAGUUUUGCCUGUUCAAUGGCCAAAAGAUUUUGAUCGAUGGUGAGGAGGCGAGGAUAGUCCUAAAGUAGGCUUAAACAGUAUCAGAUCAACGAGCGAUAGAAUCCAUGAACUUUGUACAGAUGCAUCCAGGCUUACUCUUAAGACUUAGUUAAGUGAACUCCAAACAAUAUCAAAUUAAACAAAACAUUUUAUUUGAUCUUAAUGCA